GAAACCUCUGGUCUCAUCACACUUCUCUAAAUCCUCCAAACAUCACGUGCUUCUCACAUGGCUCCGGAGCUUACACAAACCAACACCGCCAAAUCCUCCGUGAUGAUAACAAAACCGUCACCGCCAGGCCACAGCGAUCGAGCCUACGUGACAUUCCUCGCCGGAAACGGUGACUACGUGAAAGGAGUCGUAGGUUUAGCCAAAGGACUAAGAAAAGUCAAGUCAGCGUAUCCACUCGUCGUGGCGAUAUUACCAGACGUUCCAGAAGAGCACCGUCGUAUACUUGUGGAACAAGGUUGUAUCGUCCGUGAGAUCGAACCGGUUUACCCACCUGAGAACCAAACUCAGUUUGCCAUGGCUUAUUACGUCAUCAACUACUCCAAACUCCGUAUCUGGAAGUUUGUGGAGUAUAGUAAAAUGAUAUACUUGGAUGGAGACAUUCAGGUUUAUGAUAACAUCGAUCACUUGUUUGAUCUCCCUGAUGGCUAUUUCUAUGCGGUGAUGGACUGUUUCUGUGAGAAAACAUGGAGCCACACGCCGCAAUACAAGAUUGGAUACUGCCAACAGUGCCCUGAGAAAGUCCAGUGGCCAAAGGCCGAGCUUGGAGAGCCACCGGCUCUUUACUUCAAUGCGGGGAUGUUCGUGUUCGAACCAGGCCUUGAUACUUACGAGGAUCUGCUAAGAACACUUAAGGUCACUCCCCCUACUCCUUUCGCUGAACAGGAUUUUCUGAACAUGUAUUUCAAGAAAAUAUACAAGCCGAUUCCUUUGGUUUACAACCUUGUCCUAGCGAUGCUAUGGCGUCACCCAGAAAAUGUGGAGCUCGAUAAAGUCAAGGUGGUUCACUACUGUGCAGCUGGUUCGAAGCCAUGGAGAUACACAGGGAAGGAGGCGAAUAUGGAGAGAGAAGACAUCAAAAUGUUAGUGAACAAAUGGUGGGAGAUUUACAAGGAUGAUUCCUUGGACUACAAGAAAUCAGAAGCAGAGUUCGAGAGAGAGGCUGAUCUAGUGAAUCUGAAGCCAUUCAUCAACGCUCUUAGUGAAGCUGGACGGGUCAAGUAUGUGACUGCACCGUCCGCUGCUUGAAUGUCAAAAAUUGUCGGUGAGGUAGAUUCGGUUUCUGCGGAGCAGCAGGUGGAUUAUGAGAGUUGUGUUGUAUCGACAACCACACAUGCUGUCUCUGGUUUCAUGUGCUUUUGAGGUUGACGUGUGCUUUUUUUUUUUUUUUUUUAAUUUUCGAGUGUGUUGUGAUGAAUUUUUG